AUGUCGACAAAUGUCGCUGCAAAGAAGGCGACAAAUGAUGGUACCGGCGGUACUGUUACAGCUUGCAGUAUGAAUAGUAACACGAAGAAUUCAGGUCUGCUUCCGCGAAAAUCUGGUGAUGCAGCAGCAUACACCAGCAAACAGAAUUUUGAUUAUAUAUUAAAAUCGGGCCUUGCCGGAGGGGUAGCAGGUUCGUGUGCAAAAACCUUGAUAGCCCCUUUAGAUCGUAUCAAGAUCCUUUUCCAGACUUCUAAUCCGCAUUAUGUGAAAUACGCAGGUUCGUUCCAGGGGUUACUGAACGCUGGUGUGCAUAUUUGGUCAAGAGAUAGAUUGAGAGGGGUUUUCCAGGGACAUUCGGCUACUUUGCUGAGGAUUUUCCCCUAUGCUGCAGUGAAAUUUAUAGCAUAUGAACAGAUCAGAAACGUGAUUAUACCGAGCAAAGAGUAUGAGACUCAUUUCAGAAGGCUUUGUUCCGGUUCGUUGGCCGGUUUAUGUUCUGUGUUUUGUACUUAUCCGUUGGACUUGAUAAGAGUUAGAUUGGCAUAUGUGACAGAACAUCAUAAGGUAAGGGUAUGGCCGUUGGUAAAGCAGAUUUACUCGGAACCAGCUUCUGAAGCCUUGUCUUCGAAAGCUUACGUUCCAAAGUGGUUCGCUCAAUGGUGUAACUUCUACCGUGGUUAUAUCCCUACCGUUAUUGGGAUGAUCCCUUACGCAGGUGUGUCAUUCUUCGCACAUGACUUGUUCCAUGACAUACUUAGACAUCCAGUCAUUGCCCCAUACUCGGUACUUCGUGUCGAUGACUUGGAUGCAGAUGAUUUGAAAGUGGAUGUACAGACUACUCGAACGGGGAAAAGAAUUCCAUUGAAUACUUGGGCAGAACUAUUAGCUGGUGGAUUGGCCGGUAUGGCUUCCCAAACAGCGGCAUACCCAUUUGAAAUUAUUAGGAGACGUCUACAAGUCGGUGCUGUGACCAAUCCGCUUGAGCAUAAAUUUACAUCCAUGUCUGAGAUGGCGAAAAUUAUCUUCCACGAACGUGGAUGGAGAGGUUUUUUCGUUGGUUUGAGUAUCGGUUACAUCAAGGUCACACCAAUGGUCGCAUGUUCGUUCUUCGUAUAUGAAAGAAUGAAGUGGUAUAUGGGAAUUUAA